AUGAAACCUAUCGACGUCCACCUAGGAAAACCGACGGAAGCUGGACCUACUCCGCAAUAUAAACCAGCUCCCUCCUACACGCCGCCCCCCAUACAAGACCCAUUUCCAGCAUUAGCGACUUCGAACCCACCACCUAUCCCGACAUACAAUAUUGCCGAGAGGGAUGUAUGGGUUAAGUAUGGGCUGGAAAUCGCGCCGCCAUUGGUGAUCGGGUUCACUCGAUCUUGGCCCAUGUUGCUCCAAGCUGUAGUGUCUUAUAUCACGGCGGGCUGGCCGGCAGAGCAGAUUUAUGUGGUCGAGAAUACCGGCAUGCAGCAGGCCAACGCGCGUGGCCAGCUUGGUCUCCAGCACCCGUGGUAUCUUAACCACGAGUCUUUAAAGCGCCUCGGUGUAAAUAUCGUUCAGACGCCGGUAUUGUUGAGCUUCGCGCAGCUGCAGAACUUCUACCUCUCGCUAUCCUAUACCAACAACUGGCCGUAUUAUUUUUGGAGCCAUAUGGACGUCCUCGCACUAGGGCACGAGAACGGGUUCGAGGGCCUCACGCCGCGUGCGGGUGAUCUGGGCUACAAGAGUCUAUAUACCUUGUGUCUUGAGGAGCUCAAUCGUACACUGGAGACGGAUGAUAGGUGGGGGUUACGAUUUUUUGCGUACGACCACCUCACGCUACAGAAUCCGAUGGCGAUCGAAGAUAUUGGCGGCUGGGAUACUUUAAUCCCGUACUACAUGACGGAUUGUGAUACUUACACCCGCCUACACAUGAGAAACUGGACACAAAAAGACGCCAAUUGUGGAGUUAUAACUGAUACCUCCGUCGCGCUCGACAACCUCCUCGCUCUAUACCGAGAUCCGAGCAUAACGCCCAGCUUCCGUGACCCAAAUCCCCCACCGCCCGCAGAAGACAAUAAACAGGAAAGGGAUACGCGAAUUGCCCCCCGGGAGCCCGCCGACCCUUUGGAAUACUGGAAGGUAUUGCUAGGCGUUGCUGAUCGCAUGUUUCACUACAAGCACAGCGGUCGUGGGCGCAAUACAUGGCAGUCGGGCCAGCAUGGCGGCCAGGGCGAACCUUUCUACUACGACUCCGCGGGAUUUUCAGAGGCUCUCGAAGUGCUUACAGAGGCGGGCAAGGAAGUAUUUCGCCGGAAAUGGGGACACUUAAACUGUGACCUAAUAGGGGGAGGUGGACUGAAGUUUGAGGACCAAUGGCAGGUCUUACCGGAUUGGUAA